GAAACACACCUAAUUAUUAAGUCCUAGCGUGUAAAAACUGCUUAAACAGAUUUCGCCUCCUGCGUGUGGCAACAUUGAACUCUCUCUCUGAACGCCGCUCUGUGGCAUAACACACAAAAAUGUAAGAUCGUCAUUAUAAAAUAUUUUAAUACAAAAUUUAAUUAAACAUAAAGGUUUAUUAUUCCGAAACCUUUACAUGGUGCCGAAAUCCGAAAAUACUUCAGUUUUAUAAUUCCACGGGCUACGCCGGCUACAGCUUUGGGACUACGUGCGCGUUGCGCACACGCCAUCAUGGCGACCGAAGCAAUUAAAAAACUCGUCGCGUCGAGGGCUCAGUGCAAGGCGUCGCUGACCAAACUAGAAAAAUUCAUUCAGCAGGAUAGUCGUGUCUUCACUUCAGAGAACCUGCAGACAAGGAAGGCGUCACUCAUCACAGCGUUUGAAAGGUACCAAGACAUAUGCGUGCAAUUAUCGGUCAUGAGCACGGAGCACGCGAUCGCAGAGGACGCCGAGGACGAAACAGAAGAGCGUUACUAUAACAUCUUGGCCGCCUUCGAAAGCGCAAUUACCACAAUUGAUGGUAAACCGAGAGUGCAUGCGCAUGCAUCAGAGGGUUCUUGGAAAACUGCACACCUGCCAAACCUAGACAUACCUACAUUUGAUGGCCGUGAUAUAUCGGCUUACAAGCCGUUUGUAGAGAUGUUUGAGGCUGUAGUUCACAAUGAUGCGAGACUGUCCGCGGUGCAAAAGUUGUGUUUUUUGAAGAAAUAUUUGAAAGGAGAGCCACUUCACCUCAUUGACACGCUGCCAAUAGUAGGAGCUUCCUACCCAGCGGCUGUGGAGCUUCUAAAAAAGCGCUAUGACAAUGCAGCGCUUAUUGUCAACGGACAUGUGAACACGCUGUUGGACUUACCAUCGCUACAUCGAGGUACUGCGCUGCAGCUGCGAGACAUGGUGGCGAAGGUUCGCCAGCACCUCACCGCGCUACAAAAUCUGGAGCAACCUGUAACAUCAUGGGACAGCCUGCUCUCCUGCAUCCUGCUAAGGAAAUUGGAUUCCUUCACUGUGAGACUCUACCACACGGAGAGGGACAACAGCGAGCAACACACUGCGAAGUUCCCCUCCUUCUGGCUGCAGACAUCUUCUGCAGAGUUAUGCAAGACGGAAAGAUUGAAGCAGGCCCUGAGGAUCCAGUGCUGCUGAACACGCGUUUUGGGUACAUCGUCUCGGGCAGAACAACUGUAAGUCCUUCAUGCAAUUAUAAUACAGUCGCUUUGCAUACAGUGGUGAAUCCUGAUCUUGAUUCUUGUGUAAAGCAAUUUUGGGAAGCUGAGAAGGUCCCUGAAGUGUACCCUGAGAGCUUGCCCGAGCAUCAAUAUAGCGAACAGGUUUUUCAGACACAACCUCAUUAGUUGAGGAUCGUUUUGAGGUUAGUUUCCCUUUAAAGGUUGAUAUUAGUGAAAUAGAUCCUUCCAAUUCAUUUGUGAUUGCUUUGCAAAGGUUAAAUAGCCUUCAAAAAAGAUUUACAAGGGAACCCGAGUUUCAUAAUUUAUACAAACAAUUUAUACAGGAAUACCUUGAUCUAGGUCAC